CCCUCGACACUGCCACCACACUGAUCGUUGCGUGGCAAGCCAGUCACGACUCGCAAGGAGUAGCCAUGCAGGGGGCCAUGCGGAGACUCGUGCGCGUCCUCGUGGCGCUCGGCGUGGUCGCCGCGGCGGCGGCGCAGCAGGCCCCGACGGCGGCGCCGGCCACGCCGACGCCCACGCCGGCGACCCCCGCGGCGCCGGCGCCGGCGGCCGCGUCGAGCAACAUCACGGGCGUGCUGGCCAAGGGCGGGCAGUUCAACACCUUCAUCCGGCUGCUCAAGUCCACGGGCGUGGCGUCGCAGAUCGACAACCAGGUCUCCAACGGCGGCAACGGGAUCACGGUGUUCGCGCCCACGGACAACGCCUUCACGUCGCUGCCCUCCGGCACGCUCAACUCGCUCUCCGACCAGGACAAGAACGCGCUCGUCCAGUACCACGUCGUCUCCACCGCCAUCCCCCAGUCGCAGUUCGACACCGUCAGCAACCCGCUCCGGACGCAGGCCGGCAGCAGCUCGCCGGGGGAGUACCCGCUCAACGUCACCGCCGUGGGCGGCCAGCAGGUGAACAUCUCCACGGGGGUCGUCAACGCCACCGUCGACAACACCCUCUACACCGGCGACAGCCUCGUCGUCUACCAGGUCAACAAGGUGCUGCUGCCGGCGAAGCUCUUCGGCACGGCUGAGGCCCCCGCGCCCGCGCCGCUCGCGCCGGCCAAGAAGAAGGGCAAGACGCCGGCGUCCGUCGCGGACUCGCCCGAGGCCGAGGCGUCCCCGGACGCCACCACGUCGCUCGCCGCGGCGAGGGUGACGGGAGGUGGCCUCGCGGCGGCUCUUGCGCUGGCCGCCGUGUGGUGGGGGCUGUAGUGACGGCGAUGAGAGUGUGAGAGAUCCCCGUGACGUCAUCCGUGCCAUCUUUUUGUAUACUUUCUUUUUUUCCCGCAGGUCUUGUUGGUCUUUUCUUUUUCCCUUUUGGCCAUUUUUGGAUGAAUUAUUAUUCCUUGCCAUUGCAGUUGCUAGGAGUAUUAUUGUCAUGUAAUGUAAUGUUGUCGUCCGAUUUUUAUGUAAUUCUGCUAAAUAAUAUGAGCUGUGUAUAUUGCAGUACCCCGUUGUAUUUA